AUCGCUUUCACAGGUGUCAAUUGAAUCCACCUAUCGCGUGGUGGAGGGUAGCUUGGGCGUAAUUGCAGAUCGAAUGUCAAGUGCGUGGACACAAACACUCCGGAACUUUUUUGCCGACUUGUACAUGCGAUCGAAUUGUGUUCCCACCUCGUGACCUCCUCCAACACUCAACAGGAUAAAACGCUUGAUUCUAUGCUCUCCUGCUGUGCAGAAGAAUGGCUCCCUCCCUGUCUUUCGAGGCGGCAAUCUAUCGGUCAGCUGGUUCUGGUUCUUCCGGUGGUCGGAACUCGAUAGCUUGUUCUUCGCGGCUGGAGACGCACCGGGUUUCGUCCACUCGCCGUCGUGCCUUGUGCUGCGCGCUGGACAUAACGCGCGACAAUGUUGCCACUGCUGCUGUUGCUACUGCUACUGCCUUUCCACGGAUUGACCAUGUCGAGCAGCAGCGGCUUGGGAUCCUCCCGUUCUUGGAGAACAAACGAAUCCUCAUCACUGGAGCUACGGGCUUCCUCGGAAAAGUGCUUGUUGAGAAGAUCCUGCGUGCGCAGCCGAAAGUGAGCAAGAUCUACCUUCUCGUGCACGCUGACAGUCACGAGAAGGCUCGGCAGAGACUGGAGAAGGAUAUACUGGAGUCGAGGCUGUUUGAGCUGAUUCGGGAGGAGUAUGGGGCCGACUAUCGCCAGUUCAUGCUUGAGAAGCUCGUUGCCAUCCCCGGAAGCGUGGAGAAGAACGAUCUGGGACUCGAGAAGCACACCAAGGAGCAGCUCCUCAGCCAGUUGGACGUUGUGGUUAACUCAGCCGCGACCACCAAGUUCUUUGAAAGAUACGACGUAGCUCUGGCCGUCAACACGAAAGGACCGCUAAACCUGUUGGAGUUUGCAAAGAAGUGCUCACGGUUGCAGUUGUUCCUGCACGUCUCCACUGCAUACUCGAACGGGCUCAGACAAGGAAGAAUUUUAGAAAAACCUCUCGCUAGCAUGUCGAACGGUAUAGCUCCUCCUCUGGACGUGUGGAAAGAGAUUGACUCUGUAAGAAACAUAAAAGCCACUUCUGAGGAACUAAAAGAGCUGGGAAUGCAAAGAGCUCAGCUUCACGGGUGGCAAGACACUUACGUUUUCACCAAAGCUAUGGGCGAAACGCUCGUCACCCAAAGCAGAGGAGACGUUCCCGUGGUCAUUCUUCGCCCGUCGGUGGUGGAAGGAACUUCCGCACAGCCAUUUGGAGGCUGGAUCCAAGGCACAAGGAUGAUGGACCCAAUGCUUCUUGCCUAUGGACUUGGCCACCUGACGGGUUUCUAUGCUGAUCCGGACUGCGUCCUCGAUGUCAUUCCAGCAGACAUGGUUGUGAACUCACUUCUGGCAGCCAUGAGCGUUCACGCUGGACGCCCCGGCCUCAGUGUCUAUCACGUUGGAUCUUCAACAGUGAACCCCUUGACGUUCCGGGAACUAGCAGUGUGUACCGAAGAGUAUUUCCAGUCCAAUCCAGUCUUGGAUGAAAACGGAAAUCCUGUCGAGCGCAGGAUGACGUUCUACGACAACAAGUUGGCAUUCUCCGUCCAUAAGUUUCUCUGCUACAGCCUCCCGAUCCAUGUAAGACCUCCAAACUUUCUUGCCUUAAAUUCUUGUUAUUCUUUUCAGGUUGCACGGUUAUCUGGCAGCCGCAAGCUUCAAAACUCUGCCAAACGAACCGCUAUCCUCGCAGAGAGACUUGAUCAGCUCGUAGAAACUUAUUCCGCUUACACUUUUUACAAAGGACGGUUUGAUAUAACGAACACCAAAACACUGUACGAGCAAAUGCUGCCCGAAGAAAAAGAAGGUUUUGGCUUUGACAUCGGGUCAAUCAGAUGGAAUGAAUAUAUAACGAAUGUACACCUACCAGGGCUCCGGAAGAACAACCGGAGCACUUUCAACACAAAAUUCCGUUUGAUCACCAUGAAAGAGUCCAUCCAAGGAUUAUUCGCAGUUUAAAGAUCUAAUUGGCAGAAGAUAUUGUCAAUACUGUAAUGUACGUAACACUUACCAAUUCUUGCCCUCAACUUUUCAUCGUACAUGACUGUCUCCUGUCUGAACAUCAGCUUCCUCGACCUCCUCAACUUCUUUAGCUUGAGCAAGUUCCUUCUUGAUCUGUUCCACAUAAAGGUCGCCAACCUUGGGAUCGUACCGUGCAGCCCGCUCAAGAUACUCCAAGGCUGCAAAUUUCUGUCCGUCCUGGCUCAACAAGCUGAAAUAAGAAAAGGAAGAAAGAGUUCAGAGAUCAGCGUGUUUGAAAGAUAGGUACCUUCCCAAAGUCACAAGGGCCACAUUAUAUUUCUUUCGGGAAGCGCCAUCCUGAGGUUCUUCCAUGCUAGCCACGCACUUGAGCGCAGCUGUGGCCUCGCCUAUUUUACCCUGCAAGCAAUAUAGUGAAUUCGGUAGCCAUCGAUGGAAAACACCAACCUGCUUGUACAGAGCGAUUCCAAGCGCCAAGUAGGCUGAAAUUUGAAGCUUAUUGUCC